CCACAUUGCCAUUGGCAUUUGUGCAUUCAUGAUUCAUGAGGCGACAUCACUGUCAGCAUUGAGUGCUUUUGCCAGGGGCAUUUGACGAGCAAAAAGCUGAUUGCCCCUCGGGUCCUGGCCCUGGCCAUUGAGGGCAAAAGGCACAAUGGCGCAGGCCGGCCUCCAAGCAAGGCUGCUGCGGGGGCCGCUGUUACUGGGGUCCGCUUCUGCGCAAGCUGGGAGCGGGGUGGGUGAGGCUGAUGCACUGGUCCGGCAAGGUCUCGCUGUUUGCUGUGGAUCACGAAGAGCGUGCUUAGCGAAUUCCUCUUACCAGGGCCCGAGUCCAACUCUGGGGCCACAGUAUGUUGCUGGCAACUCUAGAACAACUUUCAAAGCGGAUGAAAGGCCAACGGUAAAACGACGGGCAGUAGCAGUGGCGGUGGCUCCAGCUGUGGAGACACCGCAGGAGGUUACAGAAGACUAUGCCUCCUUCUCCAAAGCCGCUGAGCGGGGCAAUCUGGUCCCCAUGUUUCGGCGCAUCUUCUCCGACCAGCUGACGCCUGUCCUAGCGUACAAGUGUUUAGUGAGGGGGGACGACAAGGAGGCGCCCAGCUUCCUGCUAGAAUCGGUGGAAGACGGAAUUCGCGCGGGGCGGUACAGCUUUGUCGGUGCCCACCCGUCCCUCGAGGUGAUUGCGAAAGAGGAGCUGGUGACGAUCCUCGACCAUGCAAAGGGGGGGCGCGAGGAGAAGCUGAGCCAAGACCCCCUCCAGGUGCCCGUGGAGCUGUCAGAGGACUGGCGGCCAGCCACUGUAGAUGGACUGCCAGACUGCUUCUGCGGCGGAUGGGUGGGCUAUACAUCGUACGACACGGUCCGGUACGUAGAGAGCAAGAAGCUGCCGUUUGCGAACGCGCCUGACGAUGACCGAGGGUUACCCGACAUCCACCUCGGGCUGUACCACGACGUAGUCGUCUUUGACCACGUCACCAAGAUUAUCUACGUGAUACAUUGGGUGAUGCUGGACGACUUCGAAUCCGUUUCGGACGCUUAUUCGAACGGGCAGCGCGCGCUUGCACGGCUGGUACAACGGCUGCAAACGUCCGACGGUCCGGUGCUCUCGUCCGGCUGCGUACAGCUGUCGCUCGGGGAGAACACCACCACGGAAGCAGUGUCCAACAUGACCAAGAGCGACUUCAUUGCGGCAAUCGAGGACGCGAAGGAGCACAUACUGGCAGGCGACAUCUUUCAGAUCGUGCUAAGCCAACGUUUUGAGCGGCGCACUUUUGCGGACCCGUACGAGAUCUACCGCGCACUGCGCAUCGUGAACCCCUCCCCCUACAUGAUCUAUCUCCAGGCGCGGGGCGCCAUUCUUGUUGCGUCCAGCCCCGAGAUCCUCUGCCGGAUCACGGACAGGAAGGUGGUGAACCGGCCGCUGGCGGGCACGCGGCGACGGGGCGCGACGGAGAUGGAGGACCAGGCCUUGGAGGACGAGUUGCUGGCGGACGAGAAGGAGCGCGCGGAGCACGUCAUGCUGGUGGACCUGGGCAGGAAUGACGUCGGCAAGGUGUCGAAAGCUGGUUCGGUGAAGGUGGAGGCGCUGAUGAAGAUCGAGCGGUACAGCCACGUGAUGCACAUCAGCAGCACGGUCACCGGGGAGCUCAAGGAGGACCUCACCUCCUGGGACGCGCUCAAAGCCACGCUGCCGGUCGGGACCGUCAGUGGCGCGCCAAAGGUGCGUGCCAUGGAGUUGAUCGACGAACUAGAGGUGGCGCGAAGAGGGCCGUACAGCGGAGGGAUCGGCAUGGUGUCCUUCACAGGGGAUAUGGACAUCGCUCUGGCCCUGCGCACGAUGGUCAUCCCCACGUUUGCGCACGACACAUUGUACGACUACCGGGGGGAAGUGCCGAGGCGAGAGUGGGUCGUGCAUUUGCAAGCGGGGGCCGGGAUUGUAGCGGACAGUAACCCCGAGCUAGAGUAUCAAGAAACGGUAAACAAAUCAAUGGCUAUGGCGCGAGCGAUCGAUCUAGCGGAGACGGCUUUCCGGCCGGAUUCGGCUGGACUUGGGACGUAACUCCAGUGAUUUAUGUUGAAAGCAGUUUCAUUUCGUCCAAGCAUUCGCAGGUGCCCUGACUUUCUCAAACACGAUUUAUGCUUGUACUGAAGGCCCUCAUAAAUCUUCCAACA